UGGUGAGCUUUGACUGCGUGCGUCCUAUGUCUUAUGAAUGACAGCCGCUGUUUCAGGUUGCGUGACAUUGUGGCAGUGCAGGACACCUCAGCACCAAAGUGACUUACAGUAGCUAUAUGUCUGAGCUCGGGGACGGAGACAGGUGAAAGGGGGGAGGGUCGCUGGCUGAGAUGUGCCCCGGCUUCUGGUUUUUACGCGAGUAGGAGCGCUGCUCAUGGUUCUGUUUCCUGGGAGCUCUGUCCAGUCCAGUCUCAUGUCAGCUCCGUGGGUUUGCGUUGGCUUCAGUGUCUCAGCCUGUGAGCGGAAUUUAGCCUGAUCAGCUGAGGGUAGGACUGAGGCUCCUCACAUUAAUUAAGGCAGUUUCUUUACACCGACAGGAUCCUGGAGGAAUGUGUUAACGUGCCUUUAUAAGUAGGCCUGCUCCACCUGUCUCUGCUCCAUCUGGGACGCUGCUUCUUCUUACGUCAAAGUGCCAAACCUGAAGUUUACAGGCGACUUUUCCUGCGCAUGAUGUACACAAUUACAAGAGGUCCCAGCAAACUGGUCACCCAGCGACGCACAGGGCCCACACAGCAGCUGGACAACAAAAUAAACGACUUCAAGCACAAACAAACGUCCUGGAGUCUGCCUAACCUUCCUGCACCCAAGAUAGUAUUCAACCGCCUGAAUGGUAAAAAGUAUCAUCAUCCCGCUCCGGCUCUCCCUGCAGACAACCAUCAGGAAGAGACUUUCACCGCUGCACAUGAGGAAAACGUCAAGUUUGUCUACGACGCCUGGGAGGAGGUGGUGAAGCAGGAGCAGAGGCCCAGCCAGGGGUCAGAGGAAGCCCAGGGAGCAGUCCACUAUAAAGAGACCACUCCCAGCCCACACAUGGACAACUUUGUGCCCAUCGACCUGGAUGAAUGGUGGGCCCAGCGCUUCCUAGCCAACAUAGACAAGCUGUCCUGACACUCUUCUGGGAUUUAUGGAUCUUGACAGGCGGUCAGGAGGUGAGACCUAAAGCAGAAAGGCUCACUGAAGAGAGGAUACCUGGGAGCAGCAGGUGUGAUGGGUCAAAGUGCCCUGAUGUGAUUCAAAGGGAUGGACAGCGCUGGGACGCUGACAUAGAAACCACAGAGAAUCACCUCACUUGAACUCUAAGCCUUUUAACCCCAACCCAUCCAACACUAAACAGUCAGUCUGACACAGAUGGCACACAGAAGGACAAUGUCUUGAAGUUGAGGUUUUCUCAUCUUGCCAACCCAACAAAAGAGAUGUCAUGUUACUUUGAAAUGCAGUAAAAUUGUCUUUUCAAGAA